CUUGGCAGAACACCUGGCGACCAGCGAACAGGGACAGUUUCCUCUAUACAGCUGCAGCUUAGCAAGCUUGCAUACAUUUCUAUACAGGCAGCUAUAGUGAUGAGGAGGCUGUGCUGCAAGUGUUGUCAUUGGUGCCCGUAAUACUAAAUACAGGAAGUAUAGGACACACAGAAAUCAGGAAGUGAAGUCUAUACAGUAUUACUGUAACUCUUUGCUUUAGCUGAGACUACAGGUGUGUGCACUUGUCCGUUGCAACACCUCAAUCGACCGGGUGCCCACUGAGUCCGCUAACUACCUACAGCAAGGUCGAAAAUAUUAUCUGUUGGAAUAAGGAGCAAAAACCCAAUUGAAAAUGAAGAAACUUAACCACAUGACAAGGAUACUGUUUUCAUUUUAACUCAAAAAGCAAACAUUUGACAAUUUCAGAAUGGCAUCCAGAGAUGUUUACGACUUACUGAUACUUCAUGGACCCGAUGCAAAGGAAUGGUGCCAAUACCUUUUUAGUCUUUUUCAAACUCAUCCUGAAGGCCGAGACUUUGCUAUAGACUCUUAUGAACUCAAUGAAAAUGAGCCGAUUCAACGCAAAAAUCUAAAAACAUUCCAGAAUAGCAAAUGUAUUCUUAUGCUUCUCUCUGGGGAUUUAGAAAGCAACUUCGAUAAUCCAGAUGUCUUGCAGAGCUUGAGGACAGUUUUGAGGCCACCACACAAAAUAAUUGUUUUAUUUUGUGGAGUAAUGGACAAAGAGGAUUUCACAUAUAUAUUCCAAGACUGGCCGCACUGGAAACAACUGUCCUCUGAAGAUGAACCAGAACUCUAUGUUAUAAGAGUUAAGGAUACUAUAUUAGAUGAUUCUGGUUGUGAAUCUGGUACAGAACCUGAACAUCCACAAGAUCAAAGUCACCCAGAGGCCAUUCAGGGAAACCUUUUGUCCAUACAGCCAGAAAGGAUUCGUUGUGGGGUGAAGACAGAAAUAUAUUUAAUAUUUAAGUGCAAACUUGACAGUGGAAUUAAAAAUGAGGUUAAUUUUAACCCAUUGAAUGGCCCAUGUGUAAGGUCACCCGCUACAUUGCAGAAUGAAUACAUCUUAUCAGUGGAUGCCCCAGACCUGCCUUCUGGGCCAGUAUUUCUAAAGGUUUUCUCUGGAGACUUACCAAUAUGUGAUGCUAAAAUCACAUAUUUCACAGAUAUGGAAGAAAUUUGUCAGCUGCUUGAUAGUGCUACUAAUCCAGUAGAAUUCAUGUGCCAGGCAUUCAAAAUAAUUCCCUACAACCGAGAGGCACUUGAUAAAUUGCUGACGGAAUCAUUGAAAAACAACAUUCCAGCAUCUGGUCUGCAUCUCUUUGGAAUUAAUCAGAUUGAAGAAGAAAAUACAAUUGCAAAUCAACGAGAUGAAGAAUUGCCUACUCUUCUUCAUUUUUCUGCAAAAUAUGGGCUGAAAAAUUUGACAGCCCUUUUGCUUACCUGCCCCGGAGCUUUACAAGCCUAUAGUGUGUCGAAUAAACAUGGAGACUUUCCAAACAACAUUGCAGAAAAAUACGGUUUUAGGGAUCUGCGACAGUUCAUUGAUGAAUAUGUGGAAACUGCUGAUAUGUUAAAAACGCACAUUAAGGAAGAACUAAUGCAAGGAGAUAAUGAUGACUCCCUAUAUGAGACCAUGGUAAACCUAUCCACCGAUAUACUGAUGAAAUGUUCGCUUCACCCAGGUUCUGAAGAAGACCUGUAUGAAACUAUGGUCGGGUUUGCAGAUGAAACAUAUAUCGAUAUGAGUCAAUUAGAAAUCCAUGAUCCAUCACUAGAAACACAAGGCCUGACUGCACAAGAUUCAAUGUUACGUAAAAUUUUGGAAGGAAGUAGCCUAGGCAUUAAUGAUAAAGAAUAUGGAAAUGACAUGAAAAAUCCUUACCAACAAUGUAUCAAUGAAGAUUAUGACAUAGUGGGUAGUGCCACUUCAUCCUCAACUGCACUAACGUGUCGGCCGCCUAUACCCAUCCCAAGACCAGAGAACCCUCCAGAAACAGAACCUUUCAUUUCACAGGUGUUUGGAAGGAAAAUGCCAGUGCCAAGAAAUGAAAAUAUUUAUAUGGAAUCUUUUCGGUCGAGAACAGCAUCAAGUGUUAAGUUGAAGAGAGAUCGCCAACAGUCAAGUGUCUAUGACCCGUUUGCUGGCAUGAAGACCCCAGGUCAACGUGAAUUAAUUACUUUACAAGAACGUGUAAAACUAGGUAUGAUCUCAGUGGAUGAAGCAGUACUUGAAUUUAAAGAGUGGCAAUUAAAUCAAAAGAGAAGAUCUGACUCCUUCAGGUACCAGCAGGAAAACCUUCGAAGAUUACGAGAUAGUAUUAACAGGAGACGGGAUGAAAAUAAAAAAACAAAGAAUUCAGAUAUAGAGAUCACCAGGCCCAUUCCCCGUGGAAAGAAUCGGAGGGCAGUGCAGGACUAUGGAAUAUAUGAGCAAGCUUCAAGUUUAGUUCCUUCUCAAGUAGAGAUCAGCCGAGGAAACUGGAAGACAGACAGCACAUCCAGCACUGCAAGCAGCAACAGUAACCGAUCCAGUACUCGAAGUACACUAAGCCUGAGUAGUGGAAGGGAAGGAGAUAAUGAGGAGGAGUUACCAGAUGAGUUAACAGAGGAUCGUCCAAGAUACAGUCCUCGGCAUGCCUCCCUGCAAGAAGAAAGACCUCCUCCAAGGCCACCAAGGAUACAAAACCACAGUACUAGAAGAUCCAGGAUGUCUUCAUCUGGUCACAGUUGCAGAGCACCACCUGUGCCACCUAGAGGCAAUAACUGAUGCAGCCGAUGGAAUAGAAAACAAUUUUUUUUUAUAAGUGUCAGUUCCCUCAUAGUUUUUUAGGACAAAUGUAAUUUUCCCUAAUAUACUUAACAAAAUCAAGAACUGUAUGUCCGUGUACGCAUCACUAAGAAGAUACAUUUUUCUGGCCUUUUCCAAACAAUCUAAGCUAUCAUAGACUAUAACAGUGGACUCAAAUACCUCUAUAAAGAUUCCUUUAUUUUUACCAUUAACCAGCCUGGAAAUGAACAUAGCACCAUACAGCCUGAAUGUGACCUAUCAUGAUGAUAAUAAUGGCAGCCAACAUGAACUCUAAAAGAGUCUAGAAGAACCCUACAUCGAAAUGUUUAGAAACUGAAACCAGAUACAUGCAGACUUACCGGUCAUCACCUGAAGAUACAAUGUUGAUGUGUUUGUAUAAUUUUGCUCAUAUUCAUAUAUUGAAUACUGGUACCUUCUGUACAAAUGAUAUCACCUGUUGUGACUUUUUAGCACCAUUAAAGUAAAUCUAAAGUAAUAGCUUGGCACAUAUUUUGUA